ACCUGUCUUGGCUGUGAUAAGAUGGAUUUUCAUGCUUUUGAAUCGUGCAAGAUUGCUCUUGAAUCACAUUUGACAAGGUUCCUAUAAGACAGGAGCUAUUGCGAUGCUUUUGGGCCUCGGCUAUGUUUCUUGAUAUUCUCUUCGCCUCCCAUCUCUACUACCACGGCUUCUUCCACGAAAUCUGAUCCCAUCUCAGCCAUGGACGUCCCCGUUGCUGCAAAUGUGCUUGGAACUUUGGGCGCUGUCUGCUGGUCGAUUCAAUUAAUACCCCAGAUCAUCAUCAACUACCGCCGGCACAAUGCCAUCGGUCUACAGCCUACGAUGAUGAUGCUAUGGGCAUGGGCAGGGGUCCCGUUAGGUGUCUACAACAUCGUGGAAGAAUUUAACAUUGCUUUGCGCAUUCAGCCUCAGAUUUUGAUUGUUCUGAGCUUGAUGACGUGGAUUCAAUGCUAUUACUACGAGAAGAAAUGGUCUGUUUCUCGUUCACUAGCUCUCGUCAUUCCCGUCAUGUGCCUCAUGAGUGGUGUACAAGCUGCCCUCAUUGUUGCUCUGCGCCAUGCAAAAGAAAAAGACCUCGAGUGGCCCCUGAUCUUGAUGGCUGUACUUGCUGCCCUUCUACUUGCGGCAGGUGUAGGUAGCCAUUACAUUGAUAUCUACCGCCACCGUACGGUACGAGGCAUCUCGUUUAUCUUUGUAGGAAUCGAUGCUCUUGGCGAUGUUUUCUCACUGCUCUCUGUCAUCUUUCAAACGAAGGUCGACAUCCUGGGCAUAAUCAUCUACGCUACAGAGCUAGUGCUUUGGAUCGGAAUCUUUGCUUGCGGCGCAUACUACAACUUAAUACCCUGGCUGAAAAGGAAACACAGUGGUGAAUCGACGGCAAGCGACAGAUCACAAGCUGGUGAGAGAGAUUCUACGAGCGCAAACACCACAAGCAUUGCGCUGCAUGAUUUGCCUUCUAGUACUUCGGUAUUCAGGACGCCGUCCGCAGAUAUCGAGGUACAGCGACAGCGCAGCGUAAGCUCGAGGAUAGGCGGUGUGGCCCACCUGCCUUCCAGGGUAGCUUAGGCAUUUUCGCACGUGUCGGGUUGUAUCUACCUUCGUUGGAUUGGCUCGAGAUUACUCUCGCGGUCGUUUGCUGUCUGCCACAAACAAACCGUUGUGGGGUCCGCUGCUGCUAUCUGUUGUCACCUGGCAAGCGCGUUGACCCCAGCUCACGUUCACCUCCACAACGCGAGCUUCCCCACAACAACAACAACAACGACAACAGAAAU